AUGCAACAGCCUCAGAGCCCUGGAAAUGCAGGAAAGCUCUUGCUAAGUCAUUGUCCUCUGCCACCAUCUAUCCUGGUGGCAGCAGGAAGAACCAGCUUAAUUCUCCAGGGCUUUCCCUUGUUCCACCUCUCCAGCUGCCUGUCUCCAGUCCCAGUGUGUGUAACAGGAGUGAUUGCCUGUCUGAGUGGUCUGAAGGGUGUUUUAAAUCAGACUUUGCCUCUGCAGGUCCACAAGUUUCUCAGUAAAAACCGUGACCAGCUGCGGCCAGAGGUGCUGGAUAUCUUCUCCCAGAGCCGCCUCAAGGUGGUGUCUCACAUUUUCCAGAGGGCUAAAGCUGCCUAUGGUCAGCAAAGGGAGUUGUGGGGCAGGGGCAAAGGGCUCAGGCCUCAGGCCUCCACACUGGUGUCCAAAUUCCAGCAGUCUUUGGAGGACCUCACAGCCAAGCUGAGAGGGAGCCAUGCCUUCUUCAUCCGGUGCAUCACCCCUAAUCCCAGGAAGGUAGGGCAGCACCCUCAGCUCCUUAUGGAGUCCCUCAGUUCCUUCAUUUGUCUUCAACAGCUUUCCUUGCACAGCCGGGAUUUAAACUUUGUUUCAUUUGAUAGCUGGAGACUUUUCUUCCCUGUUCUGUGUGCCACCCUUCCCUGUGGCCAUCUGUCAAAUAUCUUUGAUGUGGAGUACGUCAGCAGCCAGCUGCGGCAUUCCGGGAUCCUGGAGGCCAUCCACAUUCGGAAGGAGGGAUACCCAGUCCGUCUGCCAUUCCAGAGCUUCCUGGCCAGGUACGGGUUCCUGGCUGGGAGCAGGCCCAGCAGCGUGGAGCAGAGGGAAGGCUGUGCAGCAGUGCUGGCUCGCGUGGUGGGGAGCCCCUCGGAUCUCUAUCAGAUUGGAGUGACAAAGAACUAA